AUGAUUUUUACAGCAGCCUAUAAAGACCUUGUUAAAAUUCUUAAACAUUCAGAUUUUUGGCCUGAACAUGUUAUUGCAAAUAUAAGACUUCCAAUUUUUAGACAGCAUACCCCAUCAAAUUCAGCUUCAACCAAAUCUGCAUAUUCAAUAAUACCAGUAAAUUAUAUUGAAUAUAUUCUUAAUAAUCCAACAAUUGUGCCUAAUUUAUACUUUGGCCCUGGUAUUGUAUAUGAUAAAAACAUGAGUUCUG